AUGCCCCGCCACCAAUCCACCAUCUCCCCGUCCAUCCGCAACAUCGUCAGCAAACCGUCCCCCGCCAACCUUGACCAGUUCGACCCAUGGAACUCCUCAUCUACGGGCCACCAGCGGUCCGAGAAUCCUUACUCGGGUACGGGAUGGCGGGAAACGAGGAUGCAGAAAUUGAGUAUGCAGCUUGGGAAGGGUGAUUCUUCUUGCGGGGCAGGGCGGGGUGAGUGGAAGUGGGUGACCCCCGGUGAGAGAGAAGAGGAGGAGGAGGAGAAGAGAAAGGCAGAUAGGAGUGGGGAUAUUAGAUCUUUUUUUGGGGUGAAGAAAAAGAAGAUGCUCGUCGACAACGGUGCAAACAUUUCCAUCUAUCUCGGAAGACGUACCGUCACGCAUGUUAUCCUGGGUCGGCCUAACUCGCCCAAAUUGAAGGAAUCUGGGACGAUAGGUGCCGGAGGUGGUCUUGCUUUGGGAAAGCUACAACGAGAAAUCCAACGAGUGGGUGGGCAAGGAGUCAAGUUUGUUGGUGUUGAGUGGGUUUUGGAGAGCAUCAAGACCGGUCGUCGUUUACCAGAGGCGCGGUUUGCGACUUUACACAUGGCGUCUGGGAAGCAAAGGAGCGUGUUGGCCGAUUUUGGUGUUUGA